GAGUCUUGGAAUGGGAACUAGGCAAUAAAAAAAAAAAAAAAAUGUCAGAAGCAGGGCGGCGGGAGGUGGGGGCAGGGCCAGCUGUCCUGACCAGGGAUAAAAAGCUUUGCCAGUGUGACUAGGAAGACAGACACCUCCCCUCCUUCCUCCAUCAAGACAUCAAGGAGGGAUCUGCGCCCUGCUCCGCAUCCUCCCACCUGCUGCCGGCAGAGCCUGCAGGCCCCGCCCUCCUGGUCUCUGGUCCCUACCUCUCUGCUCUGUCUUCAUGUCGCUGAGGGUCUUGGGCUCUGGAACCUGGCCCUCAGCCCCUAAAAUGUUCCUCCUGCUGACAGCACUUCAAGUCCUGGCUAUAGCCAUGACACGGAGCCAAGAGGACGAGAACAAGAUAAUUGGUGGCUAUACGUGCACCCGGAGCUCCCAGCCAUGGCAGGCGGCCCUGCUGGCGGGUCCCAGGCGCCGCUUCCUCUGCGGAGGCGCCCUGCUUUCAGACCAGUGGGUCAUCACUGCUGCUCACUGCGGCCGCCCGAUCCUUCAGGUCGCCCUGGGCAAGCACAACCUGAGGAGGUGGGAGGCCACCCAGCAGGUGCUGCGCGUGGUUCGCCAGGUGACGCACCCCAACUACAACUCCCGGACCCACGACAACGACCUCAUGCUGCUGCGGCUACAGCAGCCCGCACGGAUCGGGAAGGCAGUCAGGCCCACUGAGGUCGCCCAGGCCUGUGCCAGCCCCGGGACCUCCUGCCGAGUGUCAGGCUGGGGAACUAUAUCCAGCCCCACCGCCAGGUACCCCGCCUCUCUGCAAUGCGUGAACAUCAACAUCUCCCUGGAUGAGGUGUGCCAGAAGGCCUAUCCUAGAACCAUCACUCCUGGCAUGGUCUGUGCAGGAGUUCCCCAGGGUGGGAAGGACUCUUGUCAGGGUGACUCUGGGGGACCCUUGAUGUGCAGAGGACAGCUCCAGGGCCUCGUGUCUUGGGGAAUGGAGCGCUGCGCCCUGCCUGGCUACCCCGGUGUCUACACCAACCUGUGCAAGUACCGAAGCUGGAUUGAGGAAACAAUGCGGGACAAAUGAUGGUCUUCAUGGUGGGAUGGACCUCGUCAGCUGCCCAGGCCCUCCUGUCUCCACUCAGGACCCAGAAGUCCAGGCCCCAGUCCCUCCUCCCUCAGACCCAGGAGUCCAGGCCCAGCCUCUCCUCCAUCAGACCCAGGAGUCCAGGCCCCCAGCCCUUCCUCCCUCAGACCCAGGAGUCCAGGCCGCAGCCCCUCCUCCCUCAGACCCAGGAGUCCAGGCCCCCAGCCGCUCCUCCCUCAGACCCAGGAGUCCAGGCCCCCAGCCCCUCCUCCCUCAGACCCAGGAGCCCCAGGCCCCAGCAUCCUGAUCUUACUCUGGCUCUGAUCUCUCCUUUCCCAGAGCAGUUGCUUCAGGCGUUUUCUGCCCACCAUGCCCCCACCCUUGCUGUGUCACCAUCACUACUCAAGACCAGAGGCACAGAGGGCAGGGGCGCAGACCCCUUAAACCGGCAUUGGAUUCCAAAGAAGACAAUUUUUAACACACUCAGUGUCUCUAAAAACCGAAUAAAUAAUGGCAAUAAAAAUGGAA